UUUGUAUGAUUUUGUUUUAAUAUGAAUUUCUUUUUGUGUUCAGACAUCAAUACCGCUAUUUGAAAAGCUAUUUUUUGUAAUAUCAUCUGUCCAAUCAUUGGGCAAAGAAUAAAGAGGCAGAAAAUGAUUUGUAGUAAUCGGUAUUGCUCAAAUAACAUGUUGCGAAGAAUGUUAUUUUUAAAUAAAAGUAUGGCAUCGCCGUAUAGAAAGCCAUUUAAAUCCAGGCUGCUGCCUGAAAAUUUUAAAGCAAACUAUGUGAUAAUGAAUUUAUAUUCCUGCUCAAGAAAUAAUUAUAUUUUUUCCAAAAAUGUAAGUGAUAAAUAUAAUUUAGUAAAAUUAAGUGAUCAUGCAAUACCGAUCAGUACACAAAGCCAUUCUGAUACUACAAUUACUUGGUAUAAAAAUGUAGUUACUGAAAUUCAUAAAUCACCAUAUGUAAGAUUAAUGAGAAUAGAUCGACCAAUUGGUACUUGGUUGUUAUAUUGGCCUUGUGCAUGGAGCAUUUCUUUAAGUGCCCCGGCUGGAAGUUUUCCUGAUUUUUAUCUGCUCUCUGUGUUUGCUAUUGGCGCAUUUAUAAUGCGUGGGGCUGGUUGUACUAUUAAUGAUAUGUGGGAUAAAGAUAUUGAUGCAAAAGUGCAACGUACAAGAAGUAGACCAUUGGUAUCUGGGGAACUCACAACUUUUGAUGCUUUAAUUUUUCUUAUAGGACAAUUAGGCAUUGGCUGUGCUGUACUUUUGCAACUAAAUAUGUAUUCUAUUGUUCUAGGAGCUAGUUCAUUAGGUCUUGUAGUAAUUUAUCCACUCAUGAAACGCAUUACAUAUUGGCCGCAGCUUGUAUUAGGAAUGACUUUCAAUUGGGGUGCACUUUUAGGGUGGGCUUCUGUGGAAGGAUCUGUGAAUUGGCACGCUUGCCUGCCCCUUUAUUUGGCUGGUAUUUGCUGGACAAUUAUAUAUGACACAAUAUACGCACAUCAGGAUAGGAUAGAUGAUAUCAUGUUAGGUAUAAAAUCAACAGCAAUUAGGUUUAAGGGUGAUACAAAAUUGUUCUUGAGUGGCUUUGCAUCUGCCAUGAUGGCUGGUUUAGUUACUUCUGGGUUGGCUUGCGAUCAAAGUUUACCGUAUUAUGCAACUGUAGGACUGGUUGCUGCACAUAUUACAAGACAGAUAUACAAACUGGAUAUAAACAACUCUAGUGAUUGUGCAACAAAGUUUAUUUCAAAUCAUCAGAUAGGAUUAUUGUUAUUUUGUGGUAUAAUUUUAGGAACACUUAUGAAAAAUAGAAAAUCUAACAAUGAUAGCAGUGUCGAAGUGGCAGCCACAACGCAACCAUGUGAUGACCAUCGUGUCAGAUUUGUCAUCUCUUUGACGAUCACGGCUAAUGGAAUAUCGCCCUACAAAUCUUAA